UGGCCCUACUGAAGUUGAUGUACUUGUGAUGUACUACAUGGCCCUAUUAAAUGGUGAAUUCUGAGGGUUGGUUCCAUGACCGCCGACUUACCACGCCAUGUCCCUCUGACUGGAUUGGUCCAUCUCUGACCUAGACGAUGAGAGCGGGAUACCUACCGCAGAUGUGACAAGCCCUAUCAGCAAAACUUCAACAGCAUAUUGAUUUAGAAUUGUAUAAUUUCUUAAUAAUACUUUUUGCACUUUGAUCUUCUGAUAUAUUUACGCACAUUUUGAGUGUACCAUUUCACUUAGAAAUUAAUAAUUUGAUGCAACUAAUUGCCUGGAUAUUAAGAGCAUUAUUUUGUGCAUAUACUCUUGUGUAUUGCUGCACAGGUGCUGUUGUUUAGAUGUAUAAUUUGUGAAUAUUGUGUAUUGAUGUAUUGAUGUAACCUGUGGUGUCCAGCUACAUGUAGCAGUGUUCUCUGACUGACGAGGAAUGGAUAUUGUUGAAUUGGUUUAGUUUAAUAUUUGAUUGGUUUAGUUUAAUAUUUGUGAGAAAACCCCAGGAAUUGUCAUUAGUGCAGAUUUAUUGAUUGAAUUGUUAAUAGCGUGGAUUUAUUGCUAGGCACGUACAUGUACAUAUAGAAACUGGAUGCCGAUAUUGACCGUAGAUAUUUGAUUGUAGAUAUUGAAUUGGAAGUUUGAAGCGGUCAGUUGUAUUUGCUGUGAUCAACGGAAAGUAGAUUGCUAGAUAUUUUAAACAGUGAAUUUUCUUACCUGCUAUUUAAUUCCAUUGCAUAAACUGAAUUGAUACUUUGAGGUGGUUUUAUAUGUACCUAUAAGCUGGCUGUUAAUACGAUUUCAUAACGAAGAUUGCCCCUUGACAUUUCUGAACGUACGAUUUUGAUGUUGUGUAAAUUUGUCAAAUAAAUUUGUAAGAGUAAUUUGUAAAUAUAAAGGAUAUAGUUCAUUUGUCUUAUUGUGAGAGUCCCGGCAAAAAUGUGACAGCUACCAAUGGCCCUCUGAAUUGAAACGUAAUGCGUAUGCCUGGCGCUGUGAGCAUAUAAAUAUCUGUCUGAAACCAUUCCGAUCAAGUCGCUAAACAAUCCAAACCCAGCAUUGAAUAAUAUACAAAAUAAACAGCGCAGCAGUAGUAGAUAUUAGCAGCCGAAGUACAUAACACGACUGAAGUCUGUCACUGAUGUAUUUUCAUCUGCAUUUCGCCACUGACCGGAACUCGGAAUUCCAAGUUGAUUGCUUUACGGAAACCCAAUUAGCGAAACAGAAGGUCAAUUAUCCUGGGCAUUGUUCGUAAAACCGUGAAACCUCUGUAAUAUUACGAUUGGUUGUGAGUUCAACUCUUACGUUUCGUAGCGGCGGCUUCAUAACAAACUGCAGAUACUGUUCUGGUAGUUCAGUCUUAUUCUGCUGACUGACUUCGAGAAAUGCGUCCUUUCAGUAUUCUUGCUUUGUUCUUACCAUUUGGUUUGGGCGUCAUCUUCUCUGUGCUGCCUGUACGAGGAGAGAUGUGUAGCGCCUUGAUCAAAGCUGCAGCCGGCGAUAAUCUGACCACGCUCCGUCACAAGACAUUCUCGGCGUUCAGAAAAGAAUGUCGGCUGAACAAAGACCAAUUCGAUGAGAGCAACUCUUGCUCUUUCUCCACCGUGCCUACACAACAAGAGACGGUCACCUUCAAGUUCAUCCUGAAGCCACUCAGUAUGCCUUUCCGGUUGGACUUCGCUGUGAAGAUCGAGAAGGGUGCCGCACUGGCCCUCGCAGAAAACACCACACAUGGGUCCAUCUUUGCCGAUAUAAAUAUCGGAGGUUUGAAGAAUACUCGCUCAGUGAUGAGAUGCUCAUAUGCAGGGUGUUCUGAAGUGUUUUCCCAACACUAUGAGGCAGGUUUAGUUAACGCUACUGAAUACCGCCCCUUCUGGAUCGACUACAAAGGGGGUGUGGUCAGGGUCGGAAAAGGAGGACAGGAGGAGGCUUUCUUGGAGUGGGACGCCGGUGCACAUCACCAGCGAGUAGUAACUCAAGUACGUAUUGGUAUCGCUUCACGUUCUAUCGCCAACGGAGACUGGGUGUUUUACAAGUUCUGCGAAUGAGAUUUAAUUAGGACCAUUCAUAACUUGUUUUACUUGAAGAUUUGACAUGAUUAAAGUAAGUGGAAGUAAGUCACUCCAUCUAAGCACACAGGGACUGAAAAGUAGAAUUAGAUUGGUGUACUUCUUGGUUCAAGUAUAGACCGCGUUACCUGUUAGGUCAUACCAACGGACAACCGACAGGCAAUUCACACAUUUGAGCAUCUGUUGCAGUUUUUUUUUUUUGCCCACGUUAAACGCAUUAUGUCACCACUUUUACACCAUAUCAAGAGAUACACAUGUAUUGUAGAAGAGAAUUAACACUCUGCUGAUAUAGUUGGCAACACAUCAUGACAUCAUCCAAUUUGUAAACAAAAAGUAACAUGGUGUCUAUACAAUACAUUUU